AUGCCUUCCAUGCCACCACCUUUACCUGAGCCGCAUGUUUUAAACCAGAUCAUCAUCUCGCCCUCCGAUACCGAUUACCUAGAUCAACUGAUCCCUUCUAUCCGAGAAUACAGUGUCGGCAAUAGGACCCCGCAGCUCCUACAGUCCCUUUCCCGGUUCGCGAGCGACAAAGAGGCGGAAAUCGAAGGCAUCUGUAACACCAACCACCAGGAAUUCGUCUCCUCUGUCAAUUCACUACUACGAAUUCGAGAAGGCACGGUCUCUUUGACGGCGGAAAUCCUAGACCUCAAUCAAUCUAUUCAGACAAGUACGGAACGACUGGCGGAACAAAAGAAAGCCUUAGUAGAAUCAAGAGGCCAUCGGCAGAAUAUUGAUGAGACCUCGCGCGCCAUUCAGGAUUGUUUGGAAGUGCUCCGCCUUGCCAACCAGGUCCAUGACUUGCUAGCCAAGAAAAAUCACUAUGCCGCCCUGCGCGCUCUCGAAGAGCUACAAAAUGUUCACUUAAAAGGCGUAACCCAGUAUAAGAUUGCCGUUAUGAUUCAACGCUCGGUGCCGGCCACCCAGCGCGCGAUCGCUGAGGCAGUCAUGUCAGAUUUGAAUACCUGGCUGUAUCGGAUCCGUGAAAUGUCACAGUAUUUGGGUGAGAUCGCUCUUUUCCAUACCGAUCAGCGCAAGUCUCGACUUAAGGAAAGGGCGGAGAAAAUCCCCUAUCUGGAGCACUUCAAUUUGAACUCUGCCAUUGAAUUGGUGGCCGAUGAAGAUGAAGAAUAUGAUUUAUUAGAGAAUGAAGAUUUGCAGGUGGAAUUCACUCCCUUAUUUGAAUGUUUGCAUAUCCACCAGUCAUUGGGGCAAAUCGAGAAAUUCCGGAUCGAAUAUGCCAACACUCGCCGACGACAAAAAGAUCUGUUAACCCCUCCCUCCAUCACUCUUAUAGACGAGGAUGGAGCAAGCCUUCACAAUCUUCUAGAGGAAAUGGCAGGUUUCGCUAUUGUCGAAAGAGCCACAAUGAAAAGAGUACCGGACUUAAGGUCUUCAGUCGAUACAUGGAAUUUCCCGGUUCGCGUGUUCGAUGACUUUCUCUUAAAGCUUUUUGAGAAGUACUCCGAGCUCCUUAAGCGGAGGUUUAGCGAUGACUUUCAAGAGAUUGUGUCAACGGAUGACUAUAUGCCCAUGCCUAUUCAGACCUUGGAAGAGUACGAUAAGGUGCUCAAUGUGAGCUGGUACAAUUCUGGAAAGCCCCAUGAGGAACAAAUCUUUCCUUGCAUCCUGCCAUUCUCAAGGAUGUAUCCACUCUGCUGCAUUGACAUUCGAAAUUUUUUAAACCAGUUUUACUUCUUCGCCAAUGACGACUUUUCGCAUCCAGAUGUCAUCGACGAGACAUUGAAAGAUGCAUUGGAUGAUCUUCUAUCCCGCAAGGUUUGCGAUACUUUAGUGGAGCGUCUUUCUUCGCAAUAUUUGGGACAGAUUGUUCAAAUUCUCAUCAAUUUAGAACACUUCGAGGCAGCCUGUCGUGAGCUUGAAAUGCUACUUGCGGCUGCCAGAACUCAAAAUUCUACGGGAACAUCCAUUACUUUAAGAGCAACCGAAAAAUUUCGAAGCAACAAGAAAUCUGCUGAAAAGCGCAUCUUUGAGGUGGUCAAUUCCAAAAUCGAUGACCUUAUCGAAACAGCAGAAUAUGAAUGGAUGUCAACUAAACCACCUACGGAGCCUAGCAAUUAUAUGCAAACCUUGACUCGCUUUCUCUCUAAUAUCAUGAAUUCCACACUGCUAGGGCUGCCAACCGAGAUUAAAGAGCUCAUUUACUUUGACGCCCUCAGCCAUGCAGCGAAUAUGAUUCUGGCCCAACCAUUGGCUCCAGAAGUCAGGACCAUAAAUCCAAAUGGAGUCGCAGCGCUAGCAAAGGACGUGGAGUAUCUAGCUCAGUUUGUGGACAGUCUCAAUGUUCCCAUCUUGCGUGAAAAUCUCGAUGAACUCCAACAGACCGUGCAGCUAAUGCAGGCGGACAAUGCCGACGAGUUUUAUGAUAUUUCAACACGCAAUAAGAAGUAUGGGAGAGUUGAUGCCAUGCAAGGACCUAUUUUGCUUGAAAAACUUACGCGCACAGUCCAGGUUCCAAGCAAGGUGGACAAAUUCACUACCCUUUCCUCGCGUUUCAAGAAGACUCAAUUGUAA